UCUAGGCAAUUAAUGAGUCAUAUUUUUUACUGUUUGUCAGGGAAUUUCAAGCUAUAAAUGACACAAAAUAUAUUUGUAACAUACGAAAUAUAUAAAACGCUCAUAUUAUCAAACGCGGAUAAAAACUGUGUGCUGGCAGUACUAUAUGGUGAAUUAUUUAAGACGCACUGUAGAUUUUGAAGGUCACCAUUGUUUGGAUGUUGACAGUUUUCGCUAGAAUGUUGGACUGGUCGAACUGCGGAAGGUGAACCGUUAAGUUCGGUAGGAAUGCGAAAGCUAUUAAAUGGAUGCAGUAGCUAUGGUUGAACCAAAAUGCAGUGUAAGCUUUGUCUGUCAAAGAUGCCUGCAACCUGUAAAAUUGGAUUCUUCCUUCAACAGUUUAGGAGAACAUACACUGGCUGAAUUAUCCUUACCAAUCCAGCCAGCACCAGAAGUAGAUUUGGAAACCCAUGCAGCGAGUCUAGAUCGGUACGUACCAGCGGUCAGACUCACUGAGUCGGGCAAUGGUGCUAACGGGUUUAUGCUUAUUGAUGACGAAGGUGAAAAGGAGAGCCUGAGUCACAAGAUGAGGGUAACAGCCGGUCUCUUUGACCUGCUGUCAAGUAAUUCAGAAAUUGAUCACCCUCUAUGUGAAGAGUGCACUGAUGCAUUGCUGGAUCUUCUUGACCAGCAGUUGAGGCUCACAGCUGAAGAAUGGAAUGAUUAUAGCAGCUUUUUAAAGAGGUUGGAGGCUGAAGAUGAAGAACAGAACUUAGAUGAAUUGGAAAAAGAACUAGAAGCACUGAAAGCAGAAGAGGGGCAGUUGAUGGAGAGUCUUGAAGAUCUGCAAGAGCAAGAACGCAAAGUACGAGCAGCUUUGGCUGAACAAGAGCGUGAGACAGAGAGGCUUGAUCGUGAAGAAGAGCGUUAUUGGAGGGAGUACAUAAGGCAUCGUAGAGAACACUUCCUUAUGGAGGACGAGUAUCACAGCCUAGAAUGUCAACGAACAUACGUACAAGCACAGUUGGACAAACUGAAGAAAACAAAUGUUUUCAAUGCCACAUUCCAUAUAUGGCAUUCAGGGCAUUUUGGUACAAUAAAUAAUUUCCGGCUGGGGCGACUGCCAAGUGUCCCUGUUGACUGGAGUGAAAUCAAUGCUGCAUGGGGACAAACUGCUCUUCUGCUAGCAGCUCUGGCACGCAAAAUGAAUCUCUCAUUCAAGGAGUACAGGCUUGUACCUUAUGGAAAUCAUUCUUAUAUUGAGGUAUUGAAGGACAAUAGAGAACUGCCUCUGUAUGGCUCUGGUGGUUUCCGUUUCUUAUGGGACACAAAAUUUGACUCUGCAAUGGUUGCGUUCCUUGAUUGUCUACAACAGUUCAAGGAACAAGUAGAGAAGGGAGAUUCAGGUUUCUGCUUACCUUAUCGUAUGGAGAAGGGAAGAAUAGAAGAUUCUGCCACUGGAAAUUCCUACAAUAUAAAGAUUCAGUUCAACUCUGAAGAGCAGUGGACAAAGUCUCUUAAGUUCCUCUUGACCAAUCUGAAGUGGGGCCUUGCGUGGGUUAGCUCACAGUUUACAAAAGAUGAAGCAGAAGCCUCCCAACGUUAAUCAUUGUAUUGCGGCGUGCAGUGUGAGCUAGUCAUGAUGUGUGUGUGUCCGCAUGUAAAUGCUGAAGCCUUUUGGCUUUUUUUUAACUUACCUAUACACCAUAUAGGAAGUGACUGAAAUGGAUCUUUGGACCCAUCUCCUUGUAUAAAUUCAAUGGGCACCUGUGUUGUUACAACUUGGCUUAUGUCUUUCAUAAUGAAUGUAUCUUUUUCUCGAAGUGUAUAAUAUGUAUUCAUAAAGCAGAGAUGUCACAAGGAUGCCAUGAUUUUUAACAGAAAAUGUCAUUGUAGUGUGUUAAAAUUUAUUUCAGUGUGUUCUUUUUGCGAUGAGUGUAUUUUGACACGUUUUGUACUCCUCCCUUUUUAAGUAUAAGAAUGAAGUCAAAAAUAUUGUUUGAUCUCA